AUGGACGAAGAUCAAGCGAACGCGUUUGAAUUGGUAAAAAACGGACACAACGUGAUAAUCACGGGCCAAGCUGGAUCUGGUAAAACAUAUUUAGUGAAACAUAUUGUGAAAUAUUCAAGAAAAUGCCACAAAAACGUGUCAAUUGUUUGUUCCACUGGGAUAGCAGCCACACAUUAUGGCGAUCUGGGUGCACAGACAGUACACAAAUGGUCAGGUAUUGAAGACGGGAGACAUUUAAAUGAGGAAAUUGCACAUUUGGUGAAAACGGAUGAAAGAUUCAUGAAAGCAAAACAAAAUAUAGAAACUGUUGAUGUGUUAAUAAUUGAUGAAGUGUCUAUGGUUAGUGCCAAAGUACUGAACCAGGUUCAAUUUCUUUGCGAAUAUGUCAGAAACUCUAAGGAAGUAAUCGGCCAAAUUCAAGUUGUUUUGGUGGGCGAUUUUUAUCAACUCCCCCCAGUUGCAAACCAGUUACAUGGUGAUUCUGGCAAGCCAUGCUUCCUUCUGCCUUGGUUUGAUGACUUUUCCCCCCACAAAGUAGUCUUAAAUGAAAUUCACAGACAGGAGGACACAACCCUCAUCCAGUGCAUUAAUGAACUAGAAAUAGGGCAUCCCUCGGAUGACACUGUUGCCUUCCUCAAGUCAUUGGAUCGGCAAAUGAAAUGGACUGCAUACAGCUGUUUGCAAGAAACUUAG